CCUCUUGUUGAGGAACUAUCUUUAACAAGCGUAAGGCGUAACCUUACCUUCUUCUUCUAUCCAUUUCCUACAAACUCAUCUUCAAAAAUAGAAACCCAGCCAUGUUUAUUUUUCUCUCUCAUUCCCUCUUUUUCUCCCUCCCCCUUUGAAAUCUACCUUCCAUUUUUAGAAGUAUAAGCUAAAAAACAAACAAGGUUUUUUUUUUAGUUUGGGGAAAAAUAAUCUCCAUUUAUAUAAAAAUAUAAAUCAGAUAUUCCAUAUUUGCAUAUGUACUAGUUUGUAGUGAAUUUAUAAGUAAAUUGAGUAGAGAAAUUAAGGGAAAAAUAAUAAAGAAUCAGUGAAAAUGGGGAGGGGUAAAGUGGAGCUUAAGCGAAUCGAGAACAAGAUUAGUAGACAGGUAACAUUCUCAAAGAGAAGAUCUGGGUUGUUGAAGAAGGCUCAUGAGAUCUCUGUGCUUUGUGAUGCUGAAGUUGCUUUGAUUGUUUUCUCUACUAAAGGCAAACUCUUUGAGUAUGCUAGCACUGACUCCAGCAGCAUGGAAAAAAUCCUAGAAAGGUAUGAGAGGUACUGUUAUGCAGAGAGACAACUUGUUGCACCUGAUUCAGAGUCCCAACAGGAGGGAAGCUGGGCUAUGGAGUAUCCAAAACUCGUCUCCAAACUUGAGGCCUUAGAAAGGAACAUGAGAGCACAUAUCAGGCACUAUGUAGGAGAAGAUACUGAUGCAUUGAGCCUAAGGGAACUCCAACAUCUCGAGCAACAGCUUGACGUAGCUCUUAAGCGAAUAAGAAGCAAGAAGAAUCAACUGAUGCAUGAAUCCAUCUCUCAGCUCAACAAAAAAGAAAAAGCUAUGCAGGAGCAAAAUAACCAAUUAUCCAAACUGAUGAUGGAGAAUGACAAGAAGGUGGUGGAACAACAAAAAGACGAGCAAAACCCUAGUCAAGUCUUCAUGCUAUCAGCAUCAAAUCCAUUUCAAUUUCCUUCUCUCACCAUUGGAGGUGCUUAUCAUGAGAUGAGAGAAUUACAGAUGGAGUCAGCGAACCUGGAAGCUCAAGGACCAUCAAGAACAAACACUAAUAUUCCGGCAUGGAUGUUUAGUCAUCAUGUUGGUGAAUGAUCGACAAGCUUUUUCAGCUGCUUGCUCAAUCGAUCAAAUGCUCUAUAAUUUCAGUCCUUUGAUAUGAACGAUGAGUAUAAAAGCGAAUUCGAUCGGUAUUAUAUUUAUAUAUAUGGAGUAAUAUAUAAUGUGUUGUUCUACUACUAAUUUGUAAAUCAUAAUAUUAAUAACUAUAAACAGCAAAUCAAAUUAAGAACAAAGGGGUUUGGAAUUGGAUGCUACCAAACAACCGGCCUCGUGAUAAAUGUACGGCCUAGCUAGUAAAUUUUGAGUAUUUUGGUAAUAUAUCUCAAAUAUUAAUCGAAUGUAUUAUGGUUUAUUGAAAUGUAUUAUGUAUGCAUCUCUGGUGUACAAAUUAAAUAUUCUCUGUAUGGCUGUAUUAUGUCUAUCUUCAAGAUUUUCGCUGUUUUUGUUG